AUGAAGGGCUCCGCGGACGCCGCGCGGCGCCUCGAUGUGCUGGCAGGGCACCUGGUGGGGGCUCCGGCGGGCGGCACCGUGACCAGUAUCGACGUUGCGGCUCUGCAGCAGAUCCUCGACCACGACAAUCAUGACGAGCGGCGCAAAUGGAAGGAGAUGAUGCGCGAGGAGGUCUUCGUCCCGCGGUACAACAUCCCGCUGCCUGAGGAGAGGGAGCUGGCGUUGCGUCGCCUCCAACGCUUCUGCGACCGCAGGCUGUUCAGCGUCCAGGACUUCGUGACCAACCCGCACCGCAUCUUCGCCGCCCACGAGUGCGCCGCGCUCUGCGACGGCUCCAUGGCCACCAAGAUGACUGUUCAGUUCAACCUCUUCGGUGGGACCGUGCUGAAGCUCGGCACGCAGCGGCACCACGACCUGCUGCUCGACGGCAUCGACACGCUCAGCGCCAUGGGGUGCUUCGCGCUCACGGAGCUGGGGUUCGGAAACAACGCCGUCGAGAUGCAGACCACCGCGACGUACGACCCCAGCACCGACGAGCUCGUCGUCAACACCCCGACGCCGCUCGCGCAGAAGUACUGGAUCACGAACGGCGCGGUGCACGCCAAGUGGUGCGUCGUGUUCGCGCAGCUGCUCGUCGGUCAGACCAACCACGGCGUCCACGGCGUGCUGGUGCGCAUCCGCGAAGAGGACCUGACCGUCCGUCGCGGCGUGACAAUCCAGGACAUGGGCCACAAGUUUGGCUGCAACGGCGUGGACAACGGCCGGCUCUGGUUCGAGAACGUCCGCGUGCCCCGCGAGUCCCUCCUGGACGCCACCUCGCAGCUCGGCCCCGGCGGCGCCUUCACGUCCUCGGUCGCCGGCACGCGGGACCGUUUCCUGAAAGUGGCCGACCAGCUGCUGUCCGGGCGCAUCUGCAUCGCCGCGAUGAUGCAGGCCGCGAGCAAGCAGGCGCUGACCAUCGCGAUCCGCUACGCGUCCUCCCGCCUGUGCGUCGGGCCCACUGGCAAGUCGGACACAGCGAUUCUGGACUACCAACUGCAGCAGCGCGCCCUGCUGCCGCUGCUGGCGUCGACGGUCUGCCUCAACAUCGGCCUGAACUACGUCAAGGACCGCUGGGCGGCGGGGUCCGGGUUCGGCCCCGACGCCGUGCCGCCGGACGAGGCCAAGGAGAUUGUCAUGCUGUGCUGCGGCAUCAAGCCGUUGUGCACGUGGAACUCGGAGACGGUCGGGACGACGUGCCGGGAGCGGUGCGGCGGGCAGGGGUACCUCAGCGUGAACCGGCUCGGCAGCAUCAUCGGGUUUGCGCACGCGGGGAUGACGGCGGAGGGCGACAACCGCGUCCUGAUGCAAAAGGUGGCCAAGGAGCUGCUGUCCGUGGCGCAGAGCUGGCCUGAGGUUUCGCAGCGCGUGCGCGCGGCUGGGACCGCCCCGACGGUCACGGCGCGCACGCUCGGCUCCCUCGCGGCGCUCGGCGACCUCUUCGCGUGGCGCGAGGGCCGCCUCCUGGGCCGGCUCGCCGCGCGCAUGGCCGCGGCGGGGCGCGCGGGGAGCUUCGACGCGUGGAUGAAGGGCGAAUCCGAUCUCGUGCAGGCCACCGCGCAGGCGUACGCCGAGCGCGAGGUCCUCGCCGCCUGCGCGCGCGCCGUCGCGCAGGCCCCUCUUGACCUCGCGCCGACGCUGGACCGGCUCGCGAGGCUCUACGCGCUGCGCCGCGCGGAGGUCGACGUCGCGUUCUUCGUCGUGGAGGGCGCGAUGGGCGCCGACGCGGUGCGCGCGGUCGGGGACAGCGUGCGCGCGCUGUGUCGGGAGCUGGCGCCCGCCGCGCUGGACCUUGUGGGGUCGUUCGGGAUUCCCGACCACCUGGUCGCGGCGCCGAUCGCGGGGGACUGGCAGGCGUACAACGUGCGCGAGUGGGACAACCAGGGCGAGCUCGUGCGGUGA